CCCCAGGCAGCCCCCGCCCGCCCGGGGAGGGGGGGAUGAGGUAGAGGCCGGCGGCGGAGCGCCCGCCGGGCGCCGUGGCCGCGGAGGGCAUGAGGCGGCGAGCGGCGGGGAUGGGCUCCAGCGCCAGAGCGCGGUGUUAGAGCCCCGGCAGCACCCGAGGUCUGAGAGGACAGUAGCCUGUUCGAUACGGUGGGAUCUGGUUUUCAAAAUGGAAUUGCAGCUCGCGCUCCUUUUCGCAGGGAUAAUUGCAUUUUCGGACUCGGCGAGAGGCCCCCCAAGGAUUGCCGAUAAAGUGAUUCACCGCCAGUCCGUGAGGCUGGGGAGGACCAUCAAGCUCCUGUGCCCGGUGGAAGGCGACCCCCCUCCCCUCACCAUGUGGAUGAAGGAUGGACGGACUAUCCACAGCGGCUGGACAAGGUUCCGGAUCCUUCAGCAAGGGCUGAAAAUCAAGGAGGUGGAAAGCGAAGAUGCGGGAACCUACAUUUGCAAAGCCACCAACGGCUUCGGCAGCACCAACGUGAACUACACCCUGAUCGUAAUUGAUGAUGCCAGCUCAGGAAAGGAUAGCCAGGUACCUGAAGGUUCCAACGGAGAAUAUGAAGAUCAUUCUGGGAAGCAAUGGGCCCGUCCCAGGUUCACACAGCCUGCCAAGAUGAGACGGAGGGUGAUCGCCCGUCCUGUCGGCAGCUCCAUCCGCCUCAAGUGCGUGGCCAGUGGGAACCCAAGGCCUGACAUCACGUGGCUGAAGGACAAUAAGCCCCUCACUCCCCAAGAGAUUGGGGAGAACAAGAAGAAGAAGUGGACGUUGAACCUGAAGAACCUGAAGCCAGAGGACAGUGGGAAAUACACCUGCCGGGUGUUUAACAAAGUUGGAGAAAUCAAUGCAACGUACAAAGUUGAAGUGAUCCAGAGGACGAGGUCCAAGCCCAUCCUGACAGGGACACACCCUGUCAACACGACGGUGGACUACGGUGGGACCACAUCCUUCCAGUGCAAAGUCCGCAGUGACGUCAAACCCGUCAUCCAGUGGCUGAAAAGGGUGGAAUAUGGCACAGAGAGCAAGUACAACUCCACCAUCGAUGUCGGGGGGCAGAAGUUUGUUGUGCUGCCCACAGGGGAGGUCUGGUCCCGCCCAGAUGGUUCCUACCUGAACAAACUGAUGAUUACUCGAGCCAAGGAGGAGGAUGCAGGGAUGUACAUUUGCCUGGGGGCAAACACCAUGGGCUACAGCUUUCGCAGCGCUUUUCUCACAGUCCUGCCAGAUCCCAAGCCUCCAAGUGCACCUGUGCCCCCUUCCUCGGCCAGCAGCCUGCCCUGGCCUGUGAUCAUCGGCAUCCCCGCCGGAGCUGUCUUCAUCUUUGGGACGAUCCUCCUGUGGCUUUGCCAGUCCAAGAAGAAACCCUGCUCCCCUCCAGCUGCUGCCCCCGUGCACCGGCCGCAGCCCCGGGACAGGAUCUGUGUCUCCCAGGUCCCGGACAAAGACUGCAUCUCCUCCAUAAACUAUGAGGAAUAUGUGGCCCAGCAGCAGCAUUUGCUGUCCCAAGGGGCUGCGCUCGCCCCAGCCAUGGCAUCCAAAAUGUACCCAAAGAUUUACACGGACAUCCACACCCACACCCACUCGCACGUGGAAGGCAAAGUCCACCAGCACCAACACAUUCAGUACCAGUGCUAAGAGCUGGCCCUGUACAGUAGCUCGUUUUUGGGCUUUCCCUCGUGGUACCUCAGAAGAGACUGCUCCAAGUCAGCUCUCACUGCCAGCAACAGGCAAAGCAGACAGAAAAGAUUUUAUAUAUAAUUUUAAAUAUAUAUAUACAUAUAUAUAUAAUUGUAUAUG